GAUAUCAAUCAUUUUCUUUCUAGAGGUUGAGUUCCCAGUUCCUUCCCACCCCACCCCUAGUGAUACCUGCGACAUUGCAAGGCCAAAGAACUACGUGAAUGAUUAACAACAAGACGGGAGGAAGGGUUCGUUGAACGUCGAAGGACAAAAGAAUGGAAAUGGUGUCAGAUGAUUAUGGAUCUUUCAUAGAUAAAUUCACACUCCAACCAUUUUUUUCUUCUCCACAGCUCCCCUUACAUGGCCUCACAUUUUCUUUAAAAGAUAUAUUUGAUGUGGAAGGUUAUGUGACGGGAUUUGGGAACCCGGAUUGGGCAAGGACUCAUUCUGCAGCAACAUCAACUUCACCUGUGGUUUUGGAUCUUCUAAGGGCAGGUGCCACUGCUGUUGGCAAGACUGUCAUGGAUGAAAUGGCAUACAGUAUAAACGGUGAGAACAUCCACUCUGGGACACCCAGAAAUCCAUGUGCUGCAGAUAGGGUUCCUGGAGGGUCAUCUAGUGGAUCUGCUGUUAGUGUUGGUGCGAUGCUGGUGGACUUCUCCUUAGGUACUGACACUGGGGGAAGUGUAAGAGUCCCUGCAUCCUACUGUGGAAUAUUUGGAAUCCGACCGUCUCAUGGAGUUGUUUCGACUGCUGGAGUUAUUCCAAUGGCACAAAGUUUUGAUACAGUUGGAUGGUUUGCGAGGAAUUCAUCAAUCUUAAAGAAAGUAGGAGAAGUCUUAUUGCCUUCUCAAAACUUGCAUCCCACUAGACCUGAUCAAGUUAUCAUUGCAGAGGAUUGUUUCAAGCUUCAAGACUUUUGGGGCAUCCAGUCCACAAAAGCAUUUGAAGAUUCAGUAAAGAAAAUAUACGGAUGUGAGACCAUUAAACACACAAGUUUGGGAGAAUUUGUUGAGAAUAAUGUUCCAAGUCUGAAAUCUUUCAUGGACCAAGGAUAUGGAAAUCAAGAAUAUAUACCCUCUUUAUUAGCUCUUUCAAAUGCUAUGCGGUUGCUUCAAAGAUACGAAUUCAAGAAGAACCAUGGUGAAUGGGUUAGCACAGUUAAGCCAAAUUUAGGUCCAGGGAUAGCAGAACGGGUUUGGGAAGCACUCAAAACUACGGAUGAGAAGAUAGAUGUCUGUCUCUCUAUAAAGUCUGAACUAAAAGAAGCUCUCGGGACACUCUUGGGGGAUGGUGGCAUACUUGUGAUACCUACUGUUCCUGGAGCUCCACCAAAGCUACAGACAGAUCCCAACAGCUUAGAAGCCUUUCGUGUCAAAGCUUUUAGCCUAUUAUCGGUUGCUGGAAUAUCGGGUUUUUGUCAGGUAAACAUACCACUCGAAGCAUAUGGCAACCUUCCUGUUGGAAUAUCAUUGUUGGCAAAGCAUGGGUCUGAUCUUUUUCUUCUCAAUACUGUUGAUGCUAUCCAUGGAAGUCUCCAGGAGCAGGUUGAAUUGUUAAAAGACUGAUUACUCUUUUCUUUAGCAAGUUUCUGUGCAUAAUUGUUUCUUAUUCCUACUCUCCCUUUUUACAUUCUAAAACAACUACUUAUCAGACACAGCAAUUUCUCAUCUCAAGAUACUGGCCAGCAAUUGUUGGACUUCUAUAGAUAUCCAAAAGUUUUUUAUCAGUGGA